AUGGAAUCAGAAACCAACACUGCUACCUUUCUGAUGCAUCAUAUUAAAAGUUGUCUGGUCUUUCAGAGUUCAGGUCCCACUGAAGUGGAAACAACAGACUGCCAGUUAGUUAUUUCAGGCGAAGGCGCGAGAUAUGACAGUUCGAGAAAACUGCACUUGAGUGGCCACAAUUUAUUCUUACUCUGGAGUUUUAGGAUGUGUUCCAAUUCUAAUUCUCAUGUUAGUCAAGGCACUUGGAUAUGGCCGGGAAAUCGACCAUUAUCUAAUAGGAUUCAGUUACAUACUGUUGUCAAUGGGAUUCGCCACUUUGUUCUGUGA